AUGACUGAACUAGACGCCAAGAGACCCCCUCAUAUCCACCGCUUCAGCAAUGGCAACACCCAGCUCAUUGUCAAGGGCAAGCCAUUCCUCAUGCUCGGCGGCGAGCUGCACAACUCGUCUCUCAGCUCCGCCCGCUUCAUGUCGGAGGUCUGGCCCGAGAUGAAGCGCAACCACAUCAACACGCUCCUCGGCUCCGUCACCUGGGAGAGCAUCGAGCCCGUGGAGGGCCAAUUCGAUUUCGCAGAGCUCGACGCCGUCCUCGCCGGGGCCCGCGAGCACGACAUGCGCCUCGUCCUCCUCUGGUUCGGCACCUACAAGAACGGCAUCUCGACCUACGUGCCGCACUGGGUCAAGCGCGACACUAAGCGGUUCCCGCGCGUCCAGGUGCUCGAGGCCGGCGGCGUCAAGCGCACCAUUGAGAUGGUGACGCCCCUCAGCGAGGAAGGGUGCAAGGCCGACUCGCGCGCCUUCGCCGAGCUGAUGAAGCACCUCGCCAAGGUCGACGCGGAGCACAACACCGUCAUCAUGGUGCAGGUCGAGAACGAGACGGGUCUGCUGGGCGACUCGCGCGACCGCUCGCGCCGCGCCAACAAGGCCUUUUCCGAGCCCGUCCCCGAGGCGCUGCUGAAGCACCUCAGCGGGCAGGGAGACGCCCUGCACCCCAAGUUCAAGGCCCGCUUCGGCGUGCCCCCGGCGUCCGGCAGCCACUCCUGGACGGACAUCUUUGGCGCCGGCCCCACGGCCGACGAGGCCUUCAUGGCCUACCAAAUCUCCUCCUACGUCGGCCGCGUCGCGGCGGCCGGAAAGAAGGAGUACGACAUCCCGCUGUACACCAACACGUGGCUCGGCUUCCAACAACCCGAUGAGCUCGACCUCCGCGGCGUCCCUGUCGUCGUCGGCGGCGGCGCGGAACCGGGAAUCUACCCCUCGGGCGGCCCCUGCCCGCAUGUCCUCGACAUCUGGCGGCACAACACCAUCUUCACAGCUGAAAAGUCUCUCGACUUCCUCGCUCCCGAUCUGUACCUGCAUACCUAUGAGCCCGUGUGCAUCGACUACACGGCGCAGGGCAACCCCCUUUUCAUCCCAGAGCAGCGCCGUGACGAGCACGGCGCGCGGAGGUUGUGGCUGGCUUACGGCACCUACGGCGCCCUCGGCACGGGCCCGUUCGGCAUCGAUACGGGCGCCGAGAUCAUCGGAAAGGAGUACAAGAUCCUGUCGCAAAUCUCGCCGUUCCUGCUGGCGGCGGCGCCCGAGGACAGAAUGGGCUUCUACUUCGACCCGGAGCAGAACUCUCUCGGCAAGGGCGAGAAGUGGACAAAGGUCUUUGGCGACAUCGAGGUCAUCAUCGAGAGGGCCUUUGUGUUCGGCAAGCCCGGUCCCGGAGGCGGUCUGAUCAUCCACCUCGGCGGCGCCAAGUUCCUCGCCGUGGGACGGGGUUUCAACGUCUCCUUCAAGAGCGUAAGAAAAGAGGCGACGUUCACUGGUAUUCUUGCCGCUGUCGAGAAGGAGGUUGGUGAGGACGGACAGCUCAGGACGCUGAGGGUGUUCAACGGCGACGAGACUCGCAGCGGCGAGUUUCUGAUCAUGCCCAACGACGACCCCGACUACGGUGGUUUCCCCAUUGCUGUUACGAUCCCGGCGAGAACAUGCAUUGCCGAGGUCGAGGCGUACUGGGUCGCCGAGGACGAGGAGGACAGGUGA